GGUGACAGUCGGACGGUCUCGCGUUAAUGGAUACUUUGGCUUUCCAUAUACCCGCCGCUCAUUGGCGGAGAGUCUCGCGCAGCGGUGGUGGAGUAGAUCUCGCGCGGGCGGGCGCGAGCACGUCUGUGAUUGUCUCGAGUGUUCGGUUCGGAUGGAGGCGGUGGUGCUGAUGCCGGACGUGCGCGCGGAGCUCGAGGUGCAGAAGCUGCAGGAGCUCGUGCGGAAACUCGAGCGGCAGAACGAGCAGCUGCGCAGCCGCGCCAACAUCGCGACGCCCGCGCCGACUUGUCUGCUGGCGAGCUCCUGCUGCGUCCCGAGUCCGGUACCGAACCUCGCGUGUCAGUGUUUCCCUCCGGAAGAGCCGUUCCCGUAUUUCCAGCCGCAUUCCGCCGCGGAGGAUGAUGAGGAUGAAGAGCCGCUCGCGCUUCUGGACCAGCUGGAGAUUCUGGACCUGGAGACUCUGAUCCCACAGAGCGAAUCUGACGAGACGUGGCUGUACGUGUCCUCCAGGUGUCUGUGGUCAGGUGAGAGUUUGAGCGCUCUGGAUUGGUGUCGACAGGUUCUGGAUCAGCAGCGGUCAGGUGUGGAUCUCAGCAGACACACACUCAGUCAAACACUUCAGUCCGUGAAGAAAUGGAGGUCAAGUUUCUCCUCUCCGUGUUCUCCGGCGGUUCCUCGUGCUCGUGUGGUUGGAGUUUCUCCUCUCUGUGUUACACCGAACUCCAGCAGCAGUAUCUGUGAGAGAGCAGGUGGAGGUGUGAGACGCAGUGUGUCAGCAGACGUCAGUGAUGCGAGCGUGGACUCUGUUCCUCUGGGUUAUAAACUUCAGGACCUGAUGGAUGUUCAGGUGAUGGCUCGUCUGCAGGAGGAGAGUUUACGUCAAGAUUUUGUCACGACCUCGGCCGCUCACAACCGCCGCAGUGCCAGCUUUUCCUUUCAGCGAGGUGAGUCACAGCCGGAUGAGGAGGAUGAUGAUGAAGAUUACGCUCAGCUGCCCCCUCCACAGCCGCGUCUGAGCCGGGCGGGACCCCUGCGGUGUGGCCUGACACACUCACACACCUUCAGCGGCAUCAGGGACUGGACCACCCUGAGCUACCCCCCCAUCUCACCCAUUCAGGGUCAGACGGGCGUCAGGAACACCUCAGAGACUCUGAGGAGGAGUAUGCCCAACCUCCUGAAAUCUCUGAGCGUGUCGAUCCCGGCCAAUCAGACGUCUCCGUCCAUCCGGAACAGUCAAAGCUUUGAUUCGUCGAGCACGCUGGGUCGCCUGCAGUCCUGCAGUAUGUUUCCGUCCCCCGGGCAGCUGCAGAACCGCCUUCAGAGUGUGGGAAACUUCUCGUCCCGUCAGCCCCUGAAAGCCACGGCUUACGUCAGCCCCACCGUCAAAGGUCCAUCGCCCAUGACAUCAUCCACCAGUUUACAGUCUCUGUCCACCUGCGGGAUUCCACAGCCCAGUAAAACCAGCAGCAGCAGAUCUCAGAUCCCGUCCCGCAGCGCUCUGCCACGACCCGCCUCUUUCAUAGCGACCGGAUCCACACCUCGAAGCAAACUCUCAACACCCGCACGCAGUUUGCUGACUCCACCAAAGAGUGUCUUGACGUUGAGCGCGCUGCGUGAUGGAAGCUGGCGUGAUGGAUGUUAUUAACCGCACGGGUUUUGAAGCGCUCUGCUGGUCAGGGCCUCUCUCUCUCUCACUGAAGUGUUGUUCAGAUAAACAGCAGAUCUUCCUCUUUAUAUGUCAUGUUUCCAGAGCUUUGUAUGCAAAACAAUCACCCGCUCCUGAGAUAAAACAUCUGUCAUCCACAAGAUGUAAAGCAAAUGUGAACAUGUUUUUUACUAUGACACUUAUGUGAGGAUGUUUCUAUGAAUAAUAAUACUUUUUAACUUGCACUUAUGAUCUGAAAUAAUGUUCCCGAAGCUGAUGUUGUUGUCAAUAUUAUUGUAUUUAUUUUGUGUUACACUUUCACCAUUGUGUUUCAUGGACACACAUGUAGCAGUUUGUUUAUUAUUGAUCAGUUCUGUUUCUGUUUUGUUUUUCUCAUCACGUAAAACAUAUUUAAGAGAGUAUUAUACUUGUUUACUUUUUAUUUCUGAAUAAUGCAAUGAUUUAUUUCUUGAUAUUUCUUAAUCACUGAUGUUUUUAAUGGGUGUGUCAGUUUUUACAGUCAAAAUAAAGUUUUGUUUGUAAUUUCUCUACUGAAGUAUACAGGGUCUCCACUUCUACCCAUGACUGACUAAUCCAUCUACUGCUGAUUAUAUAUUACAGGUGUCAUUCAUUUAUUUCUUCAGGGUUCAAUUAAAGUCCUGUCAGUCUGUUAUUCUCUAUAGACACACAAGCUGACGCAUAUUGAGUCUUUUCACAUUAUCGUAUAUUUAUCUCAUAUUUCUAUUAAUCAGAUAAUUCACGCUUGUUGGUCUGAAUGAUCCGACGGUUGUUUUUAUGAGUAUAUAUCUUAAUUACUCUGGUACUGUCAUUUCUGAAUGUUUAUUGUGAUGUUUCAUUUAUUAAUUACUUCAGUUUGAUUUUUCUUUGGGGAUC